GCCUCACUUGCGAAGUAGUGUGGGCGGAAGUGACGAUGGUUUAGCCGCGGCAUUCAAACUGCCGGAAGCGAAGGAGUGCCUGAGUGCGGUGGCCGCCGCCCUGUGGCACCUGGGUCUGUGGGCCGCCCUGUUCCGCCGCGGGGGAACGGUGCGCGCUGCCCUGCGGGAGCUGGGAGCCCUGCGUCGGCUGAGCUCCCUUAGAGCUGCGGGAGAGGCCCUGUCCUGCUCGGGGGGAAGGCGUUUCUGCGCGUUUGUUUGCGUAGGCGCUGGAAAAUGAAUUCCAAGACGACCAAGGGCGUCAUUAUUGGCAAGUGGGGCUUAAAGUCCGGUAGCUCCAGGCCAGAAAGCGAACUUGAGAAGUACAAGCAGGAGAACGCAGCUCUGAGGAAAUCCCUGGAGGAAGCCACUAAAGGGAAGGGCCGAGCAGAGGACCCGGAGCGGAUCCGGCUGCUGGAGAAAAUACUUUGUCUUGAAAAAGAAAAGGAAAAAUACAACCAUCUUCUUGGAGAGAAGGACAAAGAAAUCCAAAACCUAAGAGACAGGCUUAAGUCCAAAAACAAGAACAGUGAAGUCUCCUCAUUACACAGUCAACUAGAAGAAAAAACGAAGGAAGCAGAAAGGAGAGAACAGUUACUUAGUUCUCUAUCAGAAGAAAUGAACCGAUUAAAAUGUAAUUUAUCUACUAUUACUGCAAAAUGUUCUGAGAUUGAAAGCAGAACUGGUAGUUCUCAGGCAUUCCAGGAAGCUGUAACAAACAGCCCUGGAUCUUCAACUAAUCAUAGUGAAGUUGAAAAACAGCUAAAAGAUGCUCUUGAGAAAAACCAACAGUGGUUACUGUAUGACCAGCAACGUGAAGCGUAUGUCAGGGGACUGCUGGGAAGGAUCUUUGAACUUGAACAGAGGUCAGAAAUUGUUAGUCAGCAACAACCCAAAGAAUCUAAUGCAGAAGGUCAUCUACAAGAAGAAAAGCAAAAACAUUAUGAUCAGCUCUUACAAAAUGCAAAGAGUGAUCUUGAAGCUGAAAGAUGUACUGUAACCCAGUUGAAAUGUGAACUUAAUGAGUUCAAAAAGAAGUACGAACAAAGGCGACAAGAAAUAAUGAGCUUAAAUGCCUUACUGCAGUCACAACAGGUUGUUGAUAUGAAGGAUCAAGAAAAUGAAAACAAAAUUCAAGGAGAGAAAAUACAGAUACUAAAACAAGAAAAUGAAAGCAUUAAAGUACAGCUAAGAGAAGAAAAGAAAAAGUCUGAAGAUCUUUUAUCUCAGGUACAGCUUCUUCGUAAAUCAUUGCUCAAACAGCAGGAGGAACACGCUAGGAUAGCUUUGUUGGAAAAACAGAUCCAAAUGUGCACCGCAGACUUGGAGAAUGAAAAGCUUGACCGCCAGAACUUGAAACAUCAGUUAAACAAAAUCUUUAAGGAACUGAUUAAGGCUAGGGAGCAAAUAACUCGUCUUGAACCUCUGAAGCUCCAGGAGUGUGGACUUAUGGAACCACAAGAAGAUCUGCAAGCUGCAUUUGAAGAGAAGAUUACCACAUAUGAUAUUAGUCCUUCCCUGAAACAUUCAAAUCUACUUGAUGAAAGUUUCCUUGAAUGUCCCAGAUGCCAAGUGCAGUAUCCAACAAGCCAGCACAGAGAAUUACUAGCACAUAUUGAUUUCUGUACAGCUUAAGUUCCAAAUGGACUUAUAUUUGCUCUUUAUGCACUGCCAAUAUACUAUUUAAAAAGGCAAAAUAUUUUUGUAAGACUUUUCUGUUAAGGUUAUAUGAAGAACUUUCUAUUUCUGUUAAAUGAAAACAGUAAUUUAUUUGGCCUCAGAUAUUCCACUUGACUCUUGUGGAAAUGGUCAUUGCAUUUUUGCUUGCAAACGGAAAUAUCUGUAGAAUUAGGGCUAUUUUCAUAUAGUAAACUACUGAUUUUUUUUUGCACUAUUAAAAAUGAGAGCAGUAAAGAUGCACCUACUGUGUCAGACUAAUACUUGGCAUAUCCAGUUCUGAAACUGACAGAAAACAGUGUUUAUUGAUUUGUGAUCACAGCACAAUUCUCUCAAAAUCUACUGUAAACCUGGGUUUGUUGUGAGCGUUUUCCUCAUUUUACCUGUAGUGAAGUCCAAGUUGUUGUUAUCAUAAGAAUUAUUAAAUUGAGGACUAAGUGAAAGGUAAAAAUUAAGUUAAAUUAACUUUUCUUACAAUUCUAUGGUUUGCUGAGACCAGCGAAUUACCUGCACUCAGAGUGUAAGGUAAAUCUAUCUCUGGUGUACCAUUCUGAAUUGCCAGCCAGUGUCACUUUUUUCAUUAUAGUUUGCUGUAAAAUUUUAUGCAUCUGACCCAUAAAGUUCUCCCUACUCUUGAACGGUUAAACAUUAUUUUUAAAUAUAGGGGUAUUUUCCAAGUUGUUUCCAGUUACUAUUAUAAUAUUGCAUCAUAUUGUUAAAAGCUAAUAUUUAAAGACAACAAUUGUAUCACCACUUCUCAAUUUUACUGAUUGUCAGGCUAAUCUUUGUCUUUGACAAUUGGGCAAGAAAACAUACUGAUACUAUUUAGCAAAGAGAUGGUGAACUAAGAAGUAAAGCAAACUGUGCUUCAGAAUCCUAAGGUUUUGUCAUUUUGGAAAUUCUCUUCAUUUCACAUCCUCUUAACUUUUAAAUUCAGGAUAACCAUGCUUCUCAUUCCAACCUAAUGAUCUUAAUCAUGUAUUAAACUACUUUUUUAGAAGUUUGGCUUAGGUGUCUUUUAACAACAUAUUAAUCAGCUAGUACUCUAUUCCCAGCUGUAUAUUCAGUAUGGUUUCUGCAAUAAACUCUGAUCUUUUAUGUAUUAUAGAUGAAAUAAGUUUGCCUGCUGCAGGUCUUCUCUGCAAUAAUUCUGAGACUUUCUUAAAUUAGCCUAAAACACUUUCUCAUUAAAGCUGGUGCUACCAAGGAGGACUGAAAGGCUGCAGCUCACUAUCUGCUCAGUUAUUUAGUAUUAAAUGGAGGGGAUUCAGAUUAAGUUGAUAACUUCAUCUUUUAAAGUGUUUUGUUUAUUCCAACACCUGCUCUGGACUUCAACGUGCUUAGACCUAUCUAAACAACAUAAGAGAAUGUAAUGACACAUUUGUACAGAAUUGAUGUUGUUUGAAAACUAGCAAAAUGACAUUGAGUGUGAAAAGUCCUACUUUGAAGGCACGUUCACAAAUUUGUUAUUACUACCAACCAUAGAAGGGAACUGACUCUUUCAUAAAGCAUGCAGGUAAUAUCCCUGCCUCACUGUUUUGGUCACUGGGAGUGAAGAAAGAAUUUAAGACUUAAGUUUUUUUUAUCCUGAAUGUAAAUGGUCCUGUAAAAGGUCUGCUACUUUUCUCUUUAGUUAUGUCUGCAAAAGAUGGGUUUUUACUGAAAUCUUGUUUUACUGCAGGGAAUUAGCUGUAAGUUAAUAAUCAAGGCAAGGAUUUAAGAAAAAAAAAAAAGCUGAUAUCUCAAGCACUUUUUGUAUUUUCAGUUUCAGCAGUCUGUUCUUACUUAUAUCCAUUUCAAGUAACUGAAUUUUAACACAAAUGUAUUUCAACAUUGCAAAAACUGAAGUCUGCCUCAGUCCAGGAAAUGCCAGUCUAGGAAAGCUUAUGGAUUAAUACAGCAUAUUAAUAAAUCCUGCCUGUCACCUUUCA